AUGGCUGACGAUGUUAAAAAGACACUGAUUGAGCGCAUUAAGAACAGUCGAUAUUUUGCCAUACAGCUUGACGAGACUACAGAUGUUGCAAAUUUGGCCAAUUUAUUGGUUUAUGUGAGAUAUGAAUAUGAUGGUGCAGCUCAGGAGGAUUUUAUGUUCUGUCAAAAGGACUGGACUGGAAAAAGUGUGUGGGGGUGUGACGGCGUGAGGGCUAUGACAGACGGUGCGAGGGCUAUGACAGGUCGUAACAGCGGGGUAGCAGCUCGCAUCCGAGAGGUGGCACCUGAAAUGCGCUGGACUCACUGCAGCAUCCAUCGUGAGGCACUGGCAGUGAAGAAGAUGCCUGAUGACCUGAAGUCUGUGCUGGACUCUGCUGUAAAAACUGUGAACUUCAUCAAGGCCAGACCGAUGAAUGCUCACUUUUUUCAUGUGCUCUGCGAGGAGAUGGGCAGUGAGCAUGUCCAACUCUUGCUUCAUGCUGAAGUAAGGUGGCUUUCAAGAGGAAAGGUGCUUUCAAGGCUUUUCGAAUUGCACAAGGAGGUCCAGAUGUUCUUGCAGGACACAAAUUUCCCCUUGUCAGACAUUUUUGAGGAUGCUGUGUGGCUCAGUCAGUUGGCAUAUUUGUCUGACAUUUUUUCACGUUUAAACGAACUGAAUUUGGGACUACAGGGACUCUCCAUCAGUGUUUUUGAUGUGCAAGACAAAAUCAAUGCACUGCUGAAAAAGUUGGCGUUAUUUGAAAUCAAAGUCAAGACAGGUGAUGUUUCAGCUUUCCCUGCUUUGGAGAGUUUUCUGUCUGACAGUGACCUGAUGCUUGAUGAUGGAGUCAGGGAGAACAUCGCUGCACACCUCGCAUCACUCAGACAACAGUUCUGCAAUUAUUUCCCAGUGAUGCCUAAAGAUGAAGCUAGCAGCUGGAUGAGAAACCCUUUCAACAUCGACACCUCUCACGUGGCCUCAGUGGACUUAACUGUUGUUGAGCAGGAGAGUUUAAUAGAGCUGUCUUGUGACGAAACACUGAAGGCUUUCAGAAAGCACACUUUGUUGGAGUUUUGGAUAAAGCUGUACAGUGAAUACCCUGUGCUUUCUGACAAGGCCGUACGCUUUCCUCUUCCUUUUGCGACCACCUACCUGUGUGAGAAAGGCUUCUCUUCACUUGUUGUCAUAAAAACAAAGUACAGAAGCAGGGUGGAUGCUGAGCCAAACCUGAGACUGAAGCUGACCUCCACUGACCCAGACAUUGCGGGACUGUGUUCACAGAGGCAUGCACACCCAUCACAUUAA